UACUACGUACGUUAUGUUAGUUAGGGAAUACGGACACAAGAGUUUGUGUACUAAAAUUUGUCCGACAUCAAUCAAUAUCUCGGAAAUAAUUCAAUGCAUUUUAAUGUGCAUUGGUUACGUGUUCGUUAUCAACUUUUGUGUUGUGAAUGGUUUACGUGUGAUUAACCUAAUGAUAUCUAAAAAUCUGUGGACAUUUGUUUUUAUUAUCGCAAGAUAAUAAAGAUUUUAGGAGCCAUUUACACAUGGCGAGAAGUCACGUAGACUUUGUUUGGUGAAAUGUGGAGUGGACUGCGACGCGUCAAAUAGUGGAAAAAGCCAUUUAAUUGUUAGCACAAGUAAAAUUAAAUAAAAUGGAUAGCAAAAUUAUACAAAAAAAUGCCAUGCAGAAAACGGCGGAGUUUACUUUCACGGCGCCGCCUGAGGCUCCCGUGUUUGAGCCCACAGCCGAAGAAUUCAUGGAUCCACUCGGCUAUAUCGCCAAAAUUCGGCCCGUCGCGGAAAAGACUGGAAUAUGCAAAAUAAAGCCCCCAGCACGAUGGCAACCACCAUUUUCAUUAGAUGUAGACAAAUUGAAAUUUGUCCCACGGAUUCAGAAAGUUAACGAGUUGGAAGCCAUUACGCGAUUGAAACUUUUGUUUCUUGAAAAAAUUUUGAAAUUCUGGGAUCUCCAAGGCUCUCCUCUUAAAAUACCAAUGAUAGAAAACAAAACUUUGGAUUUGUACUGUCUUAAAUUCUGGGUUGACGAAGAGGGUGGUUUCGAAAAUUGCAAUACUCCGAAAAAGUGGCGUAAGAUAGCUCAUUCCAUGGGAUACAGUCAGAAUGCAAACACGAUGAAUUUUCUCAGAAAUAAUUACGAUAAAAUCCUCCUGCCCUACGAUAUUUUUGAAAAGAGCAAAGCUGACAUAUUAAAAACUGUUAAAAAAACCGAAAUAAAAAACGAAAAUGAUGUUAACAAAGCUCACACAUUUCGAGAAAUAUCACUGGAAUCCAUAAAAAAAUUAAAAGAGGAAGAAGAAGAGAAUGAAAAACCCCACACCAGUAUUAAAAAGAUGAAGACAGGGUCAGAUAUAAAAUCAGAUGUGGACAUCUCUGGAACUAAAACAGAAAUUAAACCAGAAAGUGAAGAAAUGAGGUGCAAUAGAGAACUCAGAAGACUUGCUUGCUAUGGUCCAGGUCCUAAAAUGCCUGGAUUGAAUGAUGAGGAAUUUGAUAUAACCAAGUCAAGAAAAAGACCUAGAUAUGAAAUGGACCCUUUAGCUAUUUAUACUUGUGCUAUUUGCCAAAAAGAGCAUAGAGAUGAUCUGCUUCUGAUUUGUAAUGGCUGCUCAGAUACUUAUCACACCUUCUGCCUGAAACCCCCUCUUAGCACAGUACCAGAAGGAGACUGGCGUUGUCCCUGCUGCAUAGCAGAAGUAGUCCACAAACCUGCUGAAGCCUUCGGGUUUGCUCAAGCUGAAAGAGAAUAUACUCUGCAGCAGUUUGGGGAAAUGGCAGAUAAAUUCAAAUCUGAUUAUUUUGGAAUGUCAGGACAUCUGGUGCCAACCAGUGUGGCUGAAAAAGAAUUCUGGAGAAUUAUUUCAUCAGUAGAAGAAGAUGUAACAGUGGAGUAUGGUGCAGAUUUACACUCAAUGGAUCAUGGCUCUGGAUUUCCAACAAAGUCUUCCUUAAAUCUUUAUCCAGGUGACCAAGAGUAUGUGGACUCUGGGUGGAAUUUAAACAAUCUUCCAGUGUUAAAUGGCUCUGUGUUGAGAUUCAUCAAUGCUGAUAUAUCUGGCAUGACAGUCCCAUGGAUGUAUGUUGGCAUGUGUUUUUCUGCUUUCUGCUGGCACAAUGAAGACCACUGGAGCUAUUCUAUCAACUAUUUACACUGGGGAGAAGCUAAAACUUGGUAUGGAGUGCCAGGAAGUGGAGCAGAGCUUUUAGAGAAAGCCAUGAAGGCAGCAGCCCCUGAUCUCUUCCAAUCUCAGCCAGAUCUACUGCAUCAACUAGUUACAAUAAUGAACCCAAACAUCCUAAUGGCUGCAGGAGUGCCCAUCUACAGGACUGAUCAGCAAGCAGGAGAGUUUGUUGUCACUUUUCCCAGAGCCUACCAUGCAGGUUUCAACCAAGGUUACAACUUUGCAGAAGCUGUUAACUUUGCUCCACCAGACUGGCUUAAAAUUGGAAGGGACUGCAUAACACAUUAUAAAAACUUGAAAAGGUUCUGCGUUUUUUCACACGAUGAGCUGAUUUGCAAAAUGGCACUUGAAGGUGAUCGCUUGGACUUGGAAACUGCCUUAGAGACACAAAAGGAGCUAGUCCAGGCAGCUCGUGAUGAAGGACGCUUACGAGCAUUGUUGGCAACCAAAGGUCUGAAGAAUGUGUGCAGAACUGCAUUUGAACUUCUAGGUGAUGAUGAGCGAUUAUGUGAAGUAUGUAAAACAACAUGCUUCUUGUCUUCUGUGUACUGUGGCAGUUGUAAAUUCAUGGCAUGCCUGUGCCACGCAGAAGAUGCAUGCAACUGUCUGUUAGAGAAGAAAACACUAAAUUACCGAUAUGACAUGGAUGAGCUUCAUAUAAUGCUGCAAACUAUUGACUUUAGAGUCAAUAGCUUUGACAAAUGGAUGACUGACACGAAAAACAUUUUGCUUCCAACCGCACCUGACAUUGGACGACUCCAAAAGUUAAAGAACUUGGUAGAUGAAGCUGAUGAACUUAAAAUACCAAAGUGCUCAUUAUUGUCACAGCUAAAAGAAGAGUAUACUAAAGCAGCUGAUAAUGUUGAACCGAUUGUAAUAGAAUUAGAUGAUGAUUGAACAUCUACAACAAAAGUGGUUUAGUACAAAAGUAAUUUUAAGUAAGAAUUCUUGUAUGAAAAUUAGAUUUGACCUGCACACUAGAUGUAGAUGAUUGAUUGUUUUGUUUCUUAUUUAAUUGAAUUGGAGUUAAACUGAAGUAAAUGUUAAUAGGCAGCUUAAGUACCUACAUUUGCGAUUUCAUUCAAAUUAUCUUGGGUAGCAAAUUUAAAUAUGAAUGUUAGUGAUUUUGCAAGCAAGAAUUAAUCUAAGAAACUUUAUUAAUAAAUCAAAAACUAUGAGUCCAGGAGUUCUGAUAUAAUUAAUGCCUAUGUGUAGUGUACAUGAUUCCACUUUUACUAUUUAUACACUAGCUAGAAAUAUAUUUUAUUUUUUGAAAAGUGUAUACUCCUGAUGACCGGGUUUCAGAAUAUGCCAGCUUAAUUUUAACUCUGUCAAACAGUCAGACUCAAAAAUUUAUUGGGACCUAUGUACCUACUCUGUAGGGCGCGGGUUGUCAGGAGGAUAUAUCGCAACACAACUUGUGCUCAUUCAAAUUACUAAAGCAGUAAUAAAAAUUAUUGUAAACAACACAGCACCAUAGUGAGUUAUUUUAUUCUGAAGACUGUAUAUUUAGCAAUUAGUGACCAUUGAAAAUACUUUUGUACCAACUAUGUUGUGUGUAAAUUUUCAUUAAUAUUUUGAGGUUUUGGUUUAAUUUCUUACCAAAGUAAUUUUAACAAUGAUGACUUCUCUAUGUGGUACCUAUAUAAUUAUUUUCAUGAAGGUAUUAGACACAUGUUGAGUAAUUCACUAAUUACUUAAAUGAAAAACCCUACUUCCAUGCUAAAAUUAUAUUGAAAAAACACUGUACCUAGAGUUCAGUGAAUAAUUUAUAUUUUCUGAAAGCACUAGAAAUAUUAACAUAUUAGGUUAUAUUAAAAAAAAAUGUAGGUAUAGCAAUCUGUCAAACAAUGUAAAUUUUGCAAUGAAUUUGAAAGGAAAGUAAAUAGGUAUUUUGUUUCAUAAGAUUGUAAAAAAUAAGCCCACCGAAAUUAUUCACAAAUAAGGGUGUGGAAAUGUUGAUGCCAUAUGCCACUGUAAGAGGAAAAAUCUGUUCUAUUAUUUAUAAAUUGCUAUUGAUCUCAUCAUUAGAAGUUAACUGCUUUCCAUUGAUUCAUCAACAUUAUUAAAUUCGAAUGAAGGGCAAGCAAUGUUUCCAUGUGUUGAAGUGAGUAUGGGUAGUAUACUAAUCUAUGUGGGUAGUCAAACUAUAGGUAUUCGUGUCUGUUAUAUUGAAUAGGUACUUGAGAAACUUAGGGCUGGUUGCACCACGCACAAUCGACAAACUGGUUAUCGAUAGAAAAGGCGCUAGCAGCUGUCAUCGCAUCGCGUUUAAGGCCUGCGCACAUGCGCGUUGUAAUAUACAGAUCCUUAUGAGAUAUGACACACCGCUUGCGUGACUUGUGCGUGCGCGGCUCAAACAUUUUUGCGCAUGUGCACGUCGACGCACACGCAGCCGGUGUGCUCUAGCCUUAAGACCUCAGACAACUUCAACAAAUUUUAACGAAUUACGAUUACGUCGAUUACAGACGGUUAAGUGCAAUCAGCCCUAAGCCAGUAAAUUUCUGAGAAAUAAGGCUGAUUUCUUCACGAUGGUAAUUAUUUAUUAUUUUGACUAAGUGCUGACCCAGUGCUCAUGCACAUCUUGUGGUAGGGUAAACCUACCUAUUGUUAGCACUCCAAUUAUUAGUCAAUUCGGUUGACGGACCCGCUGCAUAAGUUGGAAAGGUCUACAGCGUCGAUCAAUGGGUGUCUUACCCUACUAUAAGGAUGAAACAUGUAACAAUAAUUCCAUACCUAUCUAUUGAAAAAGUAUAUGUACUGGAAUGGUAUUAAUGUCAUGCAUCACAAAAAUAAUUUAUUAUGGCAUAGUUGUUUAAUUCUGAGCUCUUAGAAUGUAGGAGUAAUUUUAAUGUUAACAUUACGAUUUAGGCAACUAAACGUAAGGCUAUGACAUAACAUUGUAUUUGUAUAUUCGCCUGCUUAGUUCAGUUAAGAGAUAGCCAGUAUUCUUUUUUUCUAUUUAUUGUAAAUUUUAUUAACGCUCUCCACUUGCGUUCAAAUUUACCCAAGUCGCCUAGAAGUGUUAAGUACUGAAUUCAAUCUAUCUAUUCAAAAUUUGACCUGAAAAUGCUAAGUACGUAUAUUUUAAUUGUUAAUUUGCCAUUGCCCGAAUGAAUGUAUGAUUUUUUGUUUGAUUGAAAAGAAAUAGACUAAACAGUCUAUUUCUGGAUAAUUCAAAUUAUUCCAGUUGUGUGAUUUGUACUGUGAUUGAAGAAUUUUGUUUAUUUUAUGAAUGAGACAGAUAAAAGUUUUUAGCCUCGCAAUAAGGCUAGUAAACUUUAAAAAUUAAGUUUAUUGAGUGAGUAUUAGAAAUAAUAAAUAUGUUAAAAUGAGUAAUUAAAAUCUUAUAAGUCUA